AAAUCAGACGAGCAAAACAACUCUUUUUCCAUUGGAUCAGUUAUAAAAAAAAAUGGAAAUGCAACGAGCAGCUUGGUUUCUUGAUUUUUAAGCAGUGACGGGUAUACUCACCAAAGGCUUGUGAACAUUUCUGGAUACAGCACUAGCUGGCUUAUUCAUCUCUGUAUGGUCAAUUGUCGUGUUUCUGCAGGACUAAAGGAGCAGAUUGGUUAGUGAAGAAUGCUGUCAGAAGGGUAUCUCAGUGGACUUGCUUACUGGAAUGACAUCCCCCAGAGUUGUACAUCUUAUCAUGAGAAGGUGGCUGAGGAAAAGGAGGAAGAGACGGAAUCUGCUGCUCUUUCCUAUUCCUCCUUGGAUGAAACACAAGUUGGAAGUCUCUACCUGAGCUGCAAAUCCUCUGGCAAAUUCAUUUCUUCAAGAGAGAGCCAACACAGUAGAAAUCAGAAACUCACAGUGCUACAGACAAACCCCAACCCCGUGUUUGAAAGCCCAAACUUGGCUGCAGUUGAAAUAUGUAGAGACCCCAGUAGAGAGACCUACUUGGUUCCACCUUCCUGCAAAAGUAUUUGCAAGAAUUACAAUGACUUACACAUUGCGGGGGGCCAGGUGAUGGCCAUUAAUUCAGUGACGACAGAUUUUCCUUCUGAGAGCAGUUUUGAAUAUGGCCCUUUGCUGAAAUCAUCUGAGAUUCCUUUGCCGAUGGAGGAUUCCAUUUCUACACAGCCCAGUGACUUUCCCCAAAAACCUAUCCAGCGGUAUUCAUCCUACUGGAGAAUAACCAGCAUCAAGGAGAAAAACAGCCUUCAAAUGCAGAAGCCUAUUUCUAAUGCUGUGCUGAAUGAGUACCUGGAACAAAAGGUGGUGGAGUUAUAUAAGCAGUACAUUAUGGACACUGCAUUUCAUGACAGUUCCCCUACCCAGAUUCUGGCAUCUGAACUCAUCAUGACAAGUGUGGACCAAAUUAGUCUCCAAGUGUCUAGAGAGAAGAAACUGGAGACCUCAAAAGCCAGGGAUAUAGUCAUUAACCGCCUAUUACAGUUGGUGUCCACUGAAAUCAGCACUCCUAGUCUCCAUAUUUCACAGUAUAGCAAUGUGAAUCCGUAAGAGAGAGGAUAUUUAUAUUCCUCUUUCUCAACUACUCAUAGCUAAAACAACACUUUAUUAUUCAUUUAUUCUGAGAAUGUGGAGGAGGGGUUUGUGAAGGAGUCAAGAGCUAAAGAAGUAAACGUUGGUUGGACGUCAGGUGUGAAUUAAGGGGAAAUCUCAUAUUACACAUGGUGAAGGAAUGUGGGAAGAGGAGUUAUAAGGAAUGAUUUCAAAGCGAGGGUUGGAUAGCAACAGAGGAAAAAUAAAAAUGAUUUAAAAAAGCAAAGGUAGGAUUCAUUUCAAGGAGUUUAGAAAUUGAAAAAGAAGACAAGACAAAGAAGAAGAACACACACAUCAUGGCAAAAGUAAAAAGCAAAAGG